GCCAUUCCACUGAGGGGGAAAAAUAGUUUUCUCCAUGGCUAUCUGGUUAUCAAGAUCUAGAAAAAUUGCUCAUUUUCUAAAGCCAAAAAUUGCUUAUUUUCUACAGCCAAAAAUUGCACCUUCAGAAUUUUCCUACAAAAUUUAUGAAAAUCAUGUAAAUUCUUCUUCUUUCGGAACUUUGAGUGGUGAAAAUAUCAGAAGCCCAUAUGUAUUCCUUGAUAAUUCCGCCACGAUGUCGGCUUUGAACCGCCAAUGGAGGCGGACGGAAUCCACCAGAGCCGGCGAACAUGAAGAUGAAAACCAGGGAGGUAAAUCGCAGGUUGUGCCCUUGUUGGUUCCCAGGUUCCCACAUGACUUUUACUCCUUCCCCAAAGGAAGCCUCCUCCAUGGUUAUUACAUCACCAAGCUGCUCCAACCAUUCCUCUGGUUAUUACAUCACUUGGCUUCUCCAACCAGAAAUCGAACUCCCCACGCUUGGUUCCAGAGCCCCCCAAUGUGAUUGUUCCGCCAACUUAGAUAUGCCCUGGGGGGCGAAUUCCAUGUCAACUUUAUUCUAUGGCCUAGUUGAUAUAGUUUAUAAGGGUAAAAUAGACAUUUACUGCUGAAACGAGCAACCAACUGCAAACAAAGCCCUAAAAUUCAUAUUUUAAUUUAAGAAAAAUUCAAAAAUUAAUUUUAAACACAUAUUUCAGCAAACCCACAAUUUUUUAUCAAAGUCUAUUAAAAAACUAAUGUUAAUUCCCACCAAAUAGGGAGAAUGUAUGAUACACUGAUGGAUGAUUUUACAACUAUAUAGGCCCGAAGUCUUGAGGUUGAGUUAUAGAUUGACUCAUAUUUGAAAUGGAGUGAUCAAUUGGGUAAAGUCUAUGACAUGCCAAUCGACUACUUGAAAUCGACCCGACCUAUUGCUUAUUAAUUAUCAUCUACAUCUAUCAAUUCAAAAAUAAUAAUAAUAAUAAUUACUAAUUAAUGCCACCAUCUUUUUAUCAUAUGGGGCCCUCUUCAAUGGUUAAUUAGAUUGGACUAGAAUGACCCAUCUGACAAGUGUGGUGACUUUUGCAUGAUGGGUAGAAAGGGGCCCAAUAUAUGAAUUUGACCUAUAAUCCAAUAGUCUAGAAAAUUUUUGAACUAAUCCAAUAGUCUAGAAAAUUAUGUGAUUUAGGCCUUGGGCCACAUUUAAAGGAGAAAAAAAAAAAACAUUCUUUAACAGAGAAUUAAAAUCAUUUCAACCACACAUUCUUCUAUAAAAUA